UUAAAACGUAGAUCUGCUUCAUUUCAUUCUUGAAUUUUGGUUUCUUAUAACCAAACGUUCUUUUUUCUCUGUGUUUCAAGAUCUUCAGCAGGACAGGUGUAGGCGGUAUUUGUGUUUCCGGGAUUUGAUUUGAUGGGGAAUUGCUUAAGUGCCAGGAUUAACGAGAGCCCAAGUAACACAGGAGGGCUGAGUUCAAAGUACGUCAGCGGCAUUGGGGAAGAUACGAGCAGUACAAGCAGCAAAAUCUCAUCAUUUUCGGCACCUCUGACACCCCGGAGUGAGGGUGAGAUUUUACAGUCCCCCAAUUUGAAGAGUUUUAGUUUUGCUGAUCUCAAAAUGGCCACUAGGAAUUUUCGUCCCGAUAGUGUGCUCGGAGAGGGCGGUUUUGGCUCGGUGUUUAAAGGGUGGAUCAAUGAAAAUUCAUUAACUGCUUCCAAGCCUGGAACUGGGACUGUCAUUGCUGUGAAAAGGCUUAACCAGGAAGGGUUCCAUGGUCAUAGAGAGUGGUUGGCAGAGGUGAAUUGGAUAUUGCUUAGAGGAUGA